UUAGUUGCAUUAGUAGUUUGCGCCACGAGGAUUUUCUUUAUUUUAACAUUGAAAAUUCAUAAAAAUAUUGCAAUGCCGUACGGAAAUCAACCUACAGUCGAAAUCAAGGAAUUGACGAAGGAAAAUGUCAAAUUCGUUGUGGAAGGCACUGAUUUGAGCGUCGCCAAUAGCUUACGCCGUGUAUUCAUUGCUGAAACCCCAACGCUUGCUAUCGAUUGGGUUCAAAUAGAGAAAAAUUCGUCAGUUCUUUCAGAUGAAUUCAUUGCCCACCGUCUUGGGUUAAUACCAUUAAUCUCUGAUGAUAUGGUAAAGCAACUAAAGUUCUGGCGGAAUUGCGAUUGUUCAGAUUUUUGUGAUAGUUGUAGUGUGGAAUUUACACUCGAUGUAAAGUGCGAUGCCGAAAAAACUCGUUAUGUUACAAGUGCAGACUUAAAAUCAAGAGUUCCAAAAGUAGUUCCAAUCAACUCACGUCGUCCGAAAGAUGAGAAUGAAGCAAAUGAUACAAGUGCAGAUUUAAAAUCAAACAUUCCAAAAGUGGUUCCAAUCAAUUCACGUCGUCCGAAAGAAGAGAACGAAGUAGACGAAAAAGAUAAUAAAAAUGAUAUAUAUGAAGACAGUAUUUUAAUUGUGAAAUUACGAAAAGGUCAAGAGCUUAAGUUAUGUGCCAUGGCUAAGAAAGGUAUUGGAAGAGAACAUGCUAAGUGGAAUCCAACAGGCGGCGUAUGCUUCGAAUAUGAUCCCGAUAAUGAAUUCCGUCAUACUACUUACCCUCAACCAAAGGAGUGGCCAAAAAGUGAACAUACCGAACUGACUGAUGAACAGUUCGAGGCAGCAUACAAAUUCGACACCGAACCGAACAAAAUUUAUUUUAAUGUGGAGACCACAGGUGCUUUAAAACCAGAAAAUAUUGUGCUUAUGGGUGUACGGGAACUGAAAAAUAAAUUAUCAAGUCUUCAAAGCAAGCUACUUAAUGAAAUGGUUCCAAUUAAUUCAUGUCGUCCGACAGAAGAAAAUGAAGCAGACGAUACAAGUGCAGAUUUAAAAUCAAGCGUCCCAAAAGAGGUUCCAAUCAAUUCACGUCGUCCGAAAGAAGACAAUGAAGCAGACGAUAAAAGUGCAGAUUUAAAAUCAAGCGUUCCAAAAGAGAUUCCAAUCAAUUCACGUCGUCCGAAAGAAGACAAUGAAGCAGACGAUAAAAGUGCAGAUUUAAAAUCAAGUGUUCCAGAAGUGGUUCCAAUCAAAUCAAGUGGUUCGAAAGAAGAGAAUGAAGCAGGCGAUACAAGUGCAGAUUUAAAAUCAAACACUCCAAAAGAGGUUCCAAUCAAUUCACGUCGUCCGAAAGAAGAGAAUGAAACAGAUGAUACAAGUGCAGAUUUAAAAUCAAGUGUUCCAGAAGUGGUUUCAAUCAAAUCAAGUGGUUCGAAAGAAGAGAAUGAAGCAGGCGAUACAAGUGCAGAUUUAAAAUCAAACACUUCAAAAGAGGUUCCAAUCAAUUCAUAUCGUCCGAAAGAAGAGAAUGAAGUAGGCGAUUCAAGUGCAGAUUUAAAAUCAAGUGUUCCAGAAGUGGUUCCAAUCAAAUCAAGUAGUUCGAAAGAAGAGAAUGAAGCAGGCGAUACAAGUGCAGAUUUAAAAUCAAGCGUUCCAAAAGAGGUUCUAAUCAAUUCACGUCGUCCGAAAGAAGAGAAUGAAGCAGGCGAUACAAGUGCAGAUUUAAAAUCAAGUGUUCCAGAAGUGGUUCCAAUCAAAUCAAGUGGUUCGAAAGAAGAGAAUGAAGAAGAGGUUACAAGUGCAGAUUUAAAAUAAAACAUUCUGAA